GACCAAUGAUUUGACUCAACGGCUGUGGACACACCUCAGAUUAGUCAAAGAUGCCUCACUAAGACCAAAUUACCUCGUAUGUUCAAAUCAAGCCGAAUUAAUCUUGCUACACGGAGGUUAGGUGUUCAGCUAUAUUUCCAGGCUUCAUUGUAAGAAGAUUGAAUAUUAUUGAAUAAGGCGCAGGACGUCACGCGCAGCCUUGUUUUUGCACGGGGGGGAUCAGGAAUGUUUCUUCCGGUUCCCAAGAGUGCGAAAAACAAAACGGAAGCUGAAUUGAACAGGUUAAAAGAGAAGAAUGCUAUUGGACCAUUGAGAAAUUCUAGGAUCAUUUGUUCUAACGCUUUCUACGGUUCUUAUCUAGGCUCUGCUAGAGCUCACCGCUCAGCGUCGGAUGGAGCGUCUCCUCUCUAAAGCCUGCUUCCGUCUGUAGUGUUUGAAGUGUCUUAACAACUUCGGCAAUCCUCAGGUUGAAGUAGAAGACCUUUCCCGGAGUUCUGUGAGGCUGCUUUCCGUUCUUCGAGGUCGUCAGGGUGAAGGCUGUAUCCGUUAGAAUAAAAAAAAAAAAACCUGAUCUGUGCUUUUCUGGUGAAGAAGGGGGGCAAAGGAAGCAAUAUUUCUAAGCGUCCUGUUCACCUGGAGAUGAAGCUGCAGGCAGUCAUGGAGAACUUGCACAGGCAACAGCGAGCCAGGUUGCUCAUGGAAAUGGAGCAGCAGCAGCAGACAGGUUCGUUUCAGAGCUCCUCCCCUGCAAGCGAUGAGCUGAAGCUAAGCUCCAGCUCGGAAACGGAGCGCGCUCAGAUAGCGGCUCUGGCAGCCAUGAGGGCCGCCGCAGCCGGACUGCAGAGGCGGCCGAUGCCUGACAGUCCUAGGUCCGAGCACAGCACCGCUGGAGAGGAGGAUGAAGGUGAUGGAGACGAGGAGGAGGAGGAGGGAGAGGAGCAUUACAAAGACAUGAUGGGAUCUGACGAGGAGGAGCAAAUUAAGCAGAAAUGGGACGAGGACGACUUUGAGGGGGAGAUGGAAGACGACUACGAUGACGACAUGGCCGAGGAAGGCCUGCAGAUGAGCCGCGAAUCCGUCAACCCGGGUCAAGGCAUCCUGCUACUGCCUCAUCGUCAGCUCCAUCCUAACUCUCAGGUGCUGAAGGCGCGAUCGGGGCAUGAACCUGAACAGCGAGCACCAGUUUUCCCAACUCCGCCCUCUCAAGGCCAGCAACACGGCCAGGACCACACUGACUGGACCUAUGAAGAGCAGUUCAGACAGCUUUAUGAACUGGACAGUGAUCCCAAGAGGAAAGAGUUCCUGGAUGAUUUGUUCAGCUUCAUGCAGAAGAGAGGUACUCCAGUGAACAGGAUCCCCAUCAUGGCCAAGCAGGUGCUAGAUCUCUAUAUGCUCUACCAGCUGGUGACAGAGAAGGGUGGCCUGGUGGAGGUGAUCAAUAAAAAGUUAUGGAGGGAGAUCACCAAAGGUCUGAACCUGCCCACCUCAAUCACCAGCGCUGCCUUCACUCUCAGAACACAAUACAUGAAGUACCUUUACCCCUACGAAUGUGAAAAGCGGGGUCUCAGCAACCCCAACGAGCUCCAGGCUGCCAUAGACAGUAACCGGAGAGAGGGACGGCGCCCGGCAUUCGGCGGUUCUCUUUUCACCUACUCGCCCAACGGGGCUCCCACUAUGCUGUCCUCCCCGAAAAUCUCUGUGCCCACCAUUGGUAUGGCUGUGGGCACCAGUGAUACCUCACUUAGCUCUGUUCAAAAGGUCAAGAAGGAAGAUGAUGCGAGUCAGUCUCUGACCGCACAGGCCAACAGACUGCCCGGUACUCUGGCAGCUCAGUCAGUAGCGGCAGCUCAGGCGGUGGCGGUGCAGGCGGCCAUGGCUGCUCAGGUUGCUGCGCUUGAGCAGCUGAGGGAAAAGCUGGAAUCCGGCGAGCCGCCCGAGAAGAAGAUGGCUGUGCCUACAGAUGACCACCAGCGGUUCCUGCAAAGGGCACUGCAGCAGAACCUGCUAGCGAUGAGCACCCAGAUGCCUAUGAACAUCCGCAUCAACAGUCAAGAAAGUAGACAGGAUUCUGCCCUCAACCUCACCACGAAUGGCCUGAACAGCAUUAGUAUGUCAGUGGAGCUCAACGGCGUCAUCUAUGCUGGCGUGCUUUUUGCUCAAGCUACCAGUCUAAACUCCUCAGGAACGGCUAACAAAAUGACUGGAGAGCGCAGCACCUCUCAGCAGCUCCCUCAGACACCUACCUCAUCCAGCUCCACCAACCCGUCGCCCUAAACACCUCACAACCUCCCCGUCUCAAAGCUAGCUAAAGCCAAAAAUCAACCUCAUUUUUUAGAGCUUAUGCCAAAAAAACAACAGAAAACUAGCAGGAAUAACAAGUUUCCAGACCCCUUGACAUACACUAUCUCAGGUUCUCUACGCUUUUAUUUACUCUUUUGUUCAGUAGCCAAAAUGAACUAAAAGAUUAAAGCAACAAAAGAGUUUUAUGGUUAAAG